AUGACAGCCUUGAAAGAGGAACUGAUUUUUCUGAUACUGCAGUACUUGAAUGAAAAGAAGUACAAGGAAGCAGUUCACAAGUUGGAACAAGAGUCAGGCUGCUACUUCAACAUGAAAUAUUUCGGGGAUCUGGUUCAGGAAGGGAACUGGGAUGAAGCUGAAAAGUACCUUGGUAGUUUCACCAAGCUCGAAGAUAAUCGGCAUUCUGUGAAAAUUUACUUUGAGAUCAGGAAGCAGAAGUACCUGGAAGCACUUGACAUGUCAGAUAGAGGGAAAGCCAUCGAUAUACUUAGGAAGGAUCUCAAGGUUUUUGCUUCCUUCAAUGAGGAGCUUUACAAGGAGAUGGUUCAGCUGCUUGCUUUGGAGAAUUUCAGGCAAAACCAGCAGCUUUCCAAGUACGGUGACGUAAAAUCUGCGAGAAAUAACAUGUGGGUGGAGCUGAAGAAGCUCUUCGAAGCUAAUCCUGUGUUUCGUGAUAAGCUAAAGUUUCCACCUUGCGAAUCUCGGCUCGAGUCUUUAAUCAAGCAAAGUCUGCGUUGGCAGCACCAACAGUGCCCGAAUCCACGGCCCAGCCCAACUUUCCACACGCUUUAUACUGAUCACACAUGUCCUACUGACGGAGCCCGUGGACCCGCCCCAAGAAAUGUCCAGCUCAUGGGGCCGCCUAAUCCUAGAGCUGAAACAUUGCCUCCCAUGGAUUCUCAUAGUCCACUCCCAUUGGUUGUCUCUCCGUCUGCAAGUGCCACUCAGAGAUGGAUGGCAAUUGCUAACCCACCAUUACCGCAUGAUGCUGCUGCUGCUGCUGCGCAAGUCCCUUCAGGUCUGCUUCAGCCUCAAAGUGCAGCUGCUUUCUUUAAGCACCCAAGGACUCCGACAAAUGCUCCUCCUGGUGGGGGGGAUAACCAAACCGUGGAGUCUGAACGCGUGUGGAAGAGAUUACGCACGGCCCAAACAGAUGAGGCGUCCUUCUCCGGUGCAAGUCAUCCGCCCAAUAUUCGCCCUCAAGAUGAUAUUCCGAAAACUGUGGUGCGGACUCUUAACCAGGGUUCGAAUGUCAUGAGUUUGGAUUUCCACCCGAUCCACCAAACAAUUCUUCUAGUUGGAACAAAUGUUGGUGACGUUGACAUAUGGGAAGUCGGGUCUAAAGAGAGGAUAGCGCACAAGACCUUCAAGGUUUGGGAUAUGGGAUCUUGUUCUAUGCCUCUGCAGUCGUCGCUCGUUAAAGAUGCUACCAUAUCUGUCAACAGAUGCCUAUGGAGCCCGGAUGGUUCUAUUCUCGGUGUAGCGUUUUCAAAGCAUCUUGUUCAGACAUAUGCUUUCAGCUUAAAUGCUGAGUUGGGACAACUGUUGGAGAUCGAUGCUCAUGUGGGUAGUGUUAAUGAUAUUGCCUUCUCCCAUCCCGACAAGAGCUUAUCCAUAGUCACAUGCGGUGAAGACAAGACGAUUAAAGUAUGGGAUGCUACCACAGGGCAGAAGCGGUACACCUUCGAGGGCCACGACGCACCUGUUUAUUCUGUGUGCGCUCGCCAUAUUGAGUCCAUCGAGUUUAUAUUCUCGACGGGUAGUGAUGGGAAAAUCAAAGCAUGGUUCUACGAUGGUUCGGGUCCCAAAGUCGAGUAUGACGCUCCCGGUCACGGGUGCACGACGAUGGCUUAUGGUGCAAAUGGGACAAGGCUUUUCUCUUGUGGGACCAGCAAAGACGGUGAAACUCAUCUGGUCGAGUGGAAUGAAACCAACGGCAGAAUCAAGACGACGUAUUCGGGGUUCAGAAACCGGCCAUUCGGAGUUGUCCAGUUCGAUACGUCUAGGAACCUCUUGGCAGCCGGAGAUGAAAAUCUGAUAAAGUUUUGGGAUAUGGACCGUGCUUAUAUGCUAACAUCUACUGAUGCAGAUGGUGGAUUGCCUGCAAGCCCUCGUUUGAGACUCAACGGAGAAGGUUCACUGCUUGCGGUGGCAACAAGCGACGAUGGAAUUAAGAUCCUAGCAAACACAGACGGGAAAAGGUCGUUAACGACGAGGGAGAAGAGGCCAUCUGAGGAGGCCACGGUGGACGGUACGACGGCCGCUGAUGUCAAGCUAAGAAUUCCAGGAGAUACCGGAUGGAAGUCAUCCGACAUUGUUGACUCCGCUCGUCUCAGAGCCUUGCGGUUGCCGGAUUCCACGACGGCAAGCGAGGUGGUGCAGUUGUUAUACACCAACUCCGGGAUAGCCGUGCUGGGUCUAGGCUCCAAUGGCGUCCAUAAGCUGUGGACGUGGGCACGUGUCGACCACAAUCCAUCCGGCAAGUCGAAUGCAUCUGUGGCUCCUCGGCUGUGGCAACCAUCGAAUGGUGCCGUCAUGAUCAAUGACACGACCGGAGCUAAUCCAGAAGAAGGAACUUCCUGUAUGGCUUUGUCAAACAAUGACUCCUACGUUAUAUCUGCGUCCGGCGGCAAUGUUUCUUUGUUCAGUUUGGUGGCGUCCAAGCUGAUGACGACCUUAUUGUCGCCUCCACCUGUGCCGACCUUUCUAGCAUUUCAUCCUCAAAAUAACAAUAUGAUAGCCAUCGGAACCGAGGAUUCUAGUAUUCUAAUAUACAAUGCGCAAACCGCGACGGUCACGGCCGAUCUCAAGGGUCACCAGAAAAAAAUCACUGGCCUUGCAUUUUCCCGGUCACUAGAUGUGCUGCUCUCUUCCGGAGCCGAUGCUCAGCUAUGCAUGUGGAGUAUCGAUGGAUGGGAGAAGAAGAUGUCACGAUUUAUCCAGGCACCAGCUUCCCACGCAGCAGCAGCAGCAGCAGCAGCCCCUUUAGAUGGGGACACCAAAGUUCAGUUCCACAAGAAUCAUCCACAUCUCUUGGUCGUCCACGCGAGCCAACUAUCCAUCUACGACAGCAAGCUGGAGUGCAUGCAUUCGUGGUCUCCUAGAGAUGCGCUUGCUGCAUCGAUUUCGAGUGCAACAUAUUCUUGCGAUGGUUUGUUGGUACAUGCUGGAUUCAGGGACGGGGCUGUCGGAAUUUUCGAAGCGGACGGCCGUGAAGCUGCUGUCGUAUAUCCUGUGGUGAUCGCUGCCCACCCAUCCGCACCAAACCAGAUAGCACUGGGAAUGAGCGAUGGCGCCGUUCAUGUGCUGGAGCCCUCGGAUGCUGUGCCUCCCAAGGAAAAAGCCGCUCUCCCAUCCAUCCGUCUCCAAUCCUAA